GAGAAUGGUGUCGCGAGCCCGCGAAGACUGGUGAAAGAGUGCAUUUAUGUUGUGCCAGCUGUUGGUGAUGUCUGGACGAAACGGUAAAUUACAGUGCGUGCUGGUGAUUUUUAACUACACGUGAUUUGAAGCUUAUUGGAAAAAAAGGAGAAAGUCUUCGAAGAGAAGAAAAAUCUUGGAGUGAAACCGAAGACACCGUGAUGUGAGAACAAACAUCUUCUAUUAAUUAAAAAUCAAGUGAAGAAAUCCGCGAACUAUUUAGUCGAUUACGGGAACAUUUUGUACAGUUACGUAAAAACAACGUGACAGAAAAUUUCGAAUUGUGUUUUUCGUGGCGAUGAAUUUUACGUGAAGUGUGUUACGAUGACUGUCACAAUGGAAAAAAGGAAUCACCAUCACAGAAAAAGCUCGUGGGAUUCGAAGAUGUCGGUUAGUACCAUAAGUACCGGUCCAAGGCACUUUCGGCGGUCCCCAAGCUCGAUUUUAUCCUCUGAUUCGGACAUCCGGUUCACACGUAAAAAGUUGACAUCGCAGUACCGAUGCGGGUGUUGCAUUCUUGCGACCUUUCUUCUUCUCCUUUUAAUAGCAGCUGCAGCGGUUUAUAUAGGUUAUACGUAUUUCAUGCCAGAGGCGACUCCCGAGCAAGUUUUCCGAGGGACAUUUCGAGUGAUUAAGGGGGAUUCUUUCACGUCAGAUUUGACAGAUACGAACACUACGAAAUUCAAAAAUCGGUCGCGGACCUACACCGAGAGACUCAAUUUGUUGUUCCGGAGGAGUCCGGUGAGUCAUGGGUUCAUGGGUACGGAGGUCCUCGCCCUUGACGGCACCGAAGGAAAAGACUUGAUUGUCCAUUUCAACAUUCAUAUCGACCCGACUUACACUAUUGUCCAAGCGAAAGACGUGGAGCGGAUUCUAGCCAAAGAAAUAACCCUUGAAGAGUCCCUUUUUUUUCAAAAUCUGACAAUUGAUGCGAGCAGUCUUGAAGUGAAAUCAGUCGAUUUGCUCCUUAACAGUACUACAACCUCCUCACCAUCGACCGAGCCUCAAAGGGUGACCCAAACCCCGGCGCCUCCUCGUAAAUGUUUCCCUCUCCAAUUGAAGUACUGCUCUAAGCUCCCCUACAACGUGACCACUUACCCCAAUUUGAUGGGUCACCGCAACGUUAACGAAGUCAAAGACAAUGUGAUUACUUUCCGCGAGUUGGUCGAUGCCGAGUGCUACCGACACGCCUACGACUUUAUUUGUCAAAUUUUGCAACCGUCUUGUAUUUCCGGUGAUGACCAGGACGAAAUGAUCAUUCCUUGUCGAAGUUUUUGUCGGGAGUUUAUGGCAGGAUGUGGUUCGCGUUUGUCGGAAAAAAUGAAAGAAUCGCUCGAUUGUAGUCGAUUUCCGGAAUAUAGCUGUUCUGCAAAACCCGGUUGCGUUGAGGAAUUACAGUCACGUGCGCUGUCUCCACGUGUUUGCGAUGGUGUUAUCGAUUGUCAAGAUUUGUCGGAUGAGAGGUCGUGUACUUAUUGUCCGAGGAAUCACAUUCAUUGUGGGAGUGGGAGGAGUUGUAUUCGGGAGAAUCAGAGGUGCGAUGGGAGGCAGGAUUGUCCCGAUGGCAGCGAUGAACGAGCUUGUUUGAGCCUAACUCCGAGUAUAGAAACGGUCCGAAAAGUCGAAAUCGUGACGCCACACCUCACGCGUUACCAUUCCGAAGGCUUUGUAGCUUUCAACGAAAAGGGCGAAAUCGGCAAACUGUGCACCGAGAACCUGAACCACAGUCUUCCGGUUAACAAAACAACCGAAGUCUUGCACACCGUUGCAUCCUCUUUGUGCAAAACCCUCUCCUAUCAAAAUAUUUUAUCCGUUCAAGUGGAAAAAGACUUGGAAAGUAACAUAUCGUACGUCAGCAUGAAAGACCCGUUAGCACCGGAAAUAAGUUUUGUGAGGUCGCCGUGUUUUAGCAAACAAGUUCUCAAAGUCGCCUGCUCUAAUUUAGAGUGUGGUAUCCAGAGUGCGUAUGGGGCUACCACAAGCCCAACUUUGCCCAAAAUGGCCGCUCAUGGCGACUGGCCCUGGCAUGUAGCCCUGUUUAAGGAGGACGUCCAUAUUUGUGACGGUACUUUAAUUUCACCAGACUGGGUUAUAACUACGACUUCGUGUUUCCAAGGACAACCAAAAGCCGAAUGGACGGCUCGGUUCGGUUCGGUUAGGUUAUUAAGUACCUCACCGUGGGAACAAGAGCGAAGGAUUGUGGGUAUGGUCAAGUCGCCGGUCGAGGGUAGUACUAUUGCAAUGGUAAAACUUGACCAAAAUAUAGUUUACAACGAUUUUGUGCGUCCUAUAUGUCUUCCUGACGAUAGUCUAGUGUUGCAACCUAAUACCAACCUAGAUUGUAAUACUCUAGGUUGGGCCAGGAAUAGGGAACAGUUGCAAAGGGUGCAAGUCAAGAUCACACCAAUGGAAAAGUGUGAAAAUGUCAGUAUUUCGACUGUUAACAGUCUUUGUACUGAAACUUUUUACGGAAAAGACGAUUGUAACGAGGAGGAGUUUGCCGGAAGUCCAAUGGUUUGUCACAACUCAAAUACUAAAAGUUGGACUUUGGUGGGAAUUACAAAUUGGAGGAUUGCUUGUUCUAGUAAUAGUGUCCAAAGGCCGCGAAUGUAUGAUAAAAUAACGUCAAAUAUUAACUGGAUUAGGGACACUAUGAAAGCUGCGAAAACGUGAAAAAUUAUGUGCCAAUAAAUUGUUGAGAGACUGACUUGGAGUGUUUUGAGAGACCUGUGUAUAGAUAUUUUGUUGUUUCACAUUUUAACACUGAAAAAUAUUUACUUUUUUAUUA